GUAGAAAUCUAAUACACUUUGGUUUCAAUACAAGAGACGCAAUUAGGCUACCCAGGUCAAUUUAGUCGUGCAUGUAUCAAGUGAUUUGUUUUCUUUUGGCUUCGUGAGUAGUUGGUGAAACGCAGACGGCUCUGGCAAUACGAGCAUGGGCAGUUUCCUUCUGAGGGAAAAAGGAUGCUAAACAAUAGGACGUUGUCGAUAUAAACGGAACAGAAGAACCUUGUGCAGCGCUCAUUCCUAAUAUCCUAUGGCUUGAAGUUUCAGGCUUCCUCCCUGGCCGCAGCUCAUGGAUUUCCUCACGGAGUAUCCCUACAAUGUCACUUAUUAUGACAACGGGACCGGGGCCCUCAACGGCACUGGCUGUGAGGCCAAGCACCAGUAUAACUACUAUGCCAUGCUCCUGACUCUGCUCAUCUUUGUCAUUGUCUUCGGCAAUGUGUUGGUGUGUAUGGCAGUCUCCCGGGAGAAAGCACUGCAGACCACCACUAAUUAUCUCAUUGUCAGCCUGGCGGUGGCGGAUCUUCUAGUGGCCACAUUAGUUAUGCCCUGGGUCGUAUAUCUCGAGGUGGUGGGAGAGUGGCGUUUCAGUAAAAUCCACUGUGACAUCUUUGUCACUUUGGAUGUCAUGAUGUGCACAGCCAGCAUUCUUAAUCUGUGUGCUAUUAGUAUCGACAGGUACACUGCUGUUGCCAUGCCGAUGUUGUACAACACACGCUACAGCUCCAAGAGACGAGUCACUGUAAUGAUCUCAGUGGUCUGGGUGCUUUCUUUCGCUAUUUCCUGCCCCCUGCUGUUUGGGUUAAAUAACACAGCUACACGUGUUGAUGCUGUGUGUGAGAUCGCCAACCCUUCUUUCGUGGUCUACUCCUCUAUCAUGUCUUUCUACGUGCCCUUCAUCAUCACCCUCCUUGUGUACGUACAGAUAUAUGUGGUUCUCCGCAAGCGCCGGAAACGUGUCAACACUAAGCGGAGCUGCCAGAGGACAAACGCUGAUGCUCCACCCCCUCUCAAGGAAAAGUGCACUCAUCCUGAAGAUGUGAAAUUGUGCACAGUUAAGACCAAUGGAGGUUUACCUGCCAAAAACAAGAAAGCACAACAGAUAAAUGAGGUUCUGCACCAGGGUGGUGAUGUGGAGGUGGACAUUGUGACCACCAACAGUCCUCCAGAGAAAAAGAAACUAAAAUCAACUUUGGUCAUUGACCUCCUGGCCAACCCGAGCCCCAGCCAUGCCUCGCCAUCCCAUGGUGAAUGCCAGCCACAUGGAGAUGAGAAAAAUGGGCAUGCCAAGGAGAUCCAGACCCCAAAGGAAGCUAAAUCUGUUGAAACACAGGCAUUACCCAAUGGCAAAACCCGAACUACAGUGACCAAAACCAUGAGCAAGAGGAAGAUCUCCCAGCAUAAAGAAAAGAAGGCUACUCAGAUGUUGGCUAUUGUUCUAGGUGUUUUCAUUAUAUGCUGGCUGCCCUUUUUUAUUACUCACAUUUUGAAGACGCACUGCACAAGCUGCGUGGUGCCACUAGAGAUGUACAAUGCCUUUACUUGGCUGGGAUACGUGAACAGUGCCGUCAACCCCAUCAUAUAUACCACUUUCAAUGUGGAGUUCAGGAAGGCUUUCAUAAAAAUAUUGCAUUGCUGAGGACAUUAUUCACUGCAAAUAUAAGGGAGGAGAUGUGAGAUAUCAAUCUGGAUUUUCAGAAGAGGUUAGUGCCAUUUUUCAAUGCCAUGUGAAAUGAAGGAUUAACAAAGCCACACUUUUAGGACAUGGUGGAAGAGCUCAAUUAUAUCAAAUGGAGCUUUCAGUGCAGGUCCAAAUGAAUGUAAAAGUAGAGUUUUAUUUGUAUGUUUCUGUCAUUUCAGUCUCUAAAACCCUUAAAGGAGUAGUUCACCCAAAAACCUGCAAUUACUUUCUUGCAUGGAGCACAAGUGGAAUAAUCUAGCAAAAAGUCUAGCAGCUUGGACAUUCUGCUCAAUAUUUUAUUUUAAAAAUUUGAUAUGACUGGGAAUUGGAUCUAGUCACAGAGACUUUUAUGCAAGCUGGGACCUGAAUGUCUUAAUAUGAAUUUAGAGGUGAUUACAUGCUAACAGCUCUGUUUAUUCAUUCACUUAUCUAUUUCUUUAAGAACUUGUAAAUAAAGGCAGAGUGAUGGUAAAUUCAAAGAAAGAGGGUGACCAUUUAUAUGUUUAUAAAUCCAGAACACUUAUGGAAAUGAAUGACUUUGACAUACCGACUAUGAUGGACUAUGUAAAUAAGAAUUUGUUAAAUACUUUUAUGGAAGCCCAUGACAAAAAGGAUCAUGCAUGUUACAUUGGUACUUCACAUUAAACCACAGCCAAUGUAUGCCUAAGGUAUUUCUUGUGUACAUCAAUAGUACAUGAGCUAUGUAAAGUUGUGUCUAUGUUUUUCUGUCGGAUACUCUUGAAUGUUCACUGAAAUAGGUAUUUGAUUUGACAUGUGGCAGUUAAUUUUUUUGUGGUUGGUAAAAAAUAAAGCACAAAUAAUUUGUGGAAAUUACAUCUCCAAUGAUAAAAUGCCAUUACACUAAAAAAUAAUUAAAAAAAUGCCAUAAAUAUUUAUGGUUGGUUUGACAAAUUAUCUCUGAUUUUGUGUUUUAAAUAAUCUUUACCAUGGUUUUGAAGGAGACCUCGAUCUGAAAUGAAUUUAGACAUUUAAGUAAUUGUGAAAAUCUUAUUGUGCAUGCAUAGCUCACAAGUUAUACUGCCUGAUGGCAAUUAAAACUAUAAGUAAAGGUUAAACAGUAAUUGCACUUCACAAUUGUUCCUCUCUGUAGAGAAAGAUACAGUAAGUCAAAACUAUAGUAAUUUACAUCAUGUUUUUCAGCUCAAACCAUUUAAUUAAGUGUCUUCAAAAAGCAGUGUCUAUGGUUAUAAGACAGAGCCAUAUAGUCAUACGAGUCAUUGUAAGCACUCAUUUGCUUAGCAAAAGGACUACUCUUAAGUGAUCAUUGCCAAAUAUGCAGAUCCUGUGGAUAAGUGGUUCUCAACUGGUUUUGCUUCAGAACCCAAGUUUUACAUCAUCAUGUGGUGACCCAACCAAAAGUAAACAAAAAUAUCCUUUAAAUCAAAAUGUGAAAUGUACAGUAUCUUACCAUGAACUGUACUAUAUAUAUAUAUCCAACAAAAUUAUUAGCAUGUCACAUGCUGAAAAGGAAAAAGGUUUCUACUGUAAAAGUUUCUUGAAUUUUAUACUCUAGGCCAACAUUGUGUUUGAUACAAUCUUUCAAUCAAACCCAUAUUUAAUGUAGUCUGAGUCAUAUUUUCUUCUACCCUGCAUAGGUUUUUUCAUGGUUUUAAAGGAUGAGGGCAUGUCAAACAACCUGUCUGUGUUGGUAUUACCAUAAUUUGCAUUGCUUCUCUCAAGUGGUAGAUGAAUUUGUGCCAAAAUACUAGAUUUUGAUUGUCAUCUUGUACAACAGAAGUUAGUAAGCAUUGAUAUUCUUUCUAUCCUAACUAUGCACAUUUAUAUGAUAAGUUAGCAUUUUUUUGUUAGCAUUUAGCCAUGUUUUUUUCCAUGCUUUCCACCAGUUGAGAACCCUUGCAGAAGAUGAUCAUGUACAUUGUUCUAGUAGGAAUCAUCUUUUAUAUAUAUAUAUAUAUAUGCAAUAUGAAUAAAAGUUUAAGUGACUGAUGUCAGUAUCUCUAGCUUAAGUGUAAUUUGGUACUGUUUGUGAGUGAGUACUGUGAAGGCUAUUCAUUAAUUUUAUUGCUAAGUUUACGGUUAAGAUACAAUGACCAUGAAUGUGGACUAAUAGGCUCAUUUUUGUUUUAAAAUCCUAUAUUCACUGUGCAUUAUUAUGUUGAGAAACAAUGGAUGCUUCCAAAAACUGGAAAAUGUUGCUUUCAAAGGCUGUAUAUGGAGUUAGGAUGAAAAUAAGUUGCAUUUUAAAUUGUUAAGACAUUCCCUAAUGAAGAAGCAAGGGAGCAAAGGAGCAUCUUAUAGAAUUAAAAUGCAGCCAAGUGCAUUCGCUCCUAAAAGCAAACCAAAAUGUCAGUUUCAGGCUGCAGAUGACGUUUGGAACACUCAACGUGUUUGGCAGACAUGGGACAAUGAUAAUCAGUACUUAGAUUCAGAAUUUAUCAUGUAUAAUUUUAUUUUAACAUAGUUGGCAGUGAUUGGAUGCUGAUGGCCGUUACUUUGAAUCAGAAUUAAUUAUGCUAAUUUCUGAUGUAAUGUCUAUAAAGUCCCAAAAACAUGAAUGACCAUCACUCCUGGAAACAUAAUAAACAAUUACAUUUUAAAAAAUAUGACUUUAUAUAGCUUGGUAUUAUUUAAAAUUUCACAACUUAGUCACAAUGUCCUCAAAUGUGGACAUUAAUUUUUAGGAAAACUAUUUGGUCUAAAUAAAAAUUAUUAUUAUUAUUAUUAUUUGCAUGUUUAUUAUGUGCUACUCAUUACAAUACAGCAGUAAUGCUCGGAUUUCAGGAGGUUAAAUUAUUACCUUUGCUGACAAAGUGACGAACAAUGCACAUUUCUUUCAUAAUAGGAUUUUCCAACCCAAGAAGUCACAAUAUGUUGUUUUAGAGCCUUUUCUAAUGAUGGCCUUUUUUCAUUCUGGGUUUAAUUAAUACUAUUAUCAGUAUGUGUGCUCAUUCAAGUAUAAUGGAAUGUAAAUGCUGUACAGAUUUUAAUAACAAUAAUUCCCAUGUGGGUUUUGCAACAUGGUCUUGUCCUUGUACACUUUAGCACAACAGUAGAAAGUCCUAGCAAUUUGUUCAGCUUUGUAAGUAAAUGUAAGUUUAUGGUAUGUCAAAUAUUUUGUAAUACUAAUGUAAAUAUUGAAUGAAUAAAAAACUUG